GUCUUAUAACAGCGGGAUAGAAGCUGUCCUUGAGCCUGGUGAUAAAGAGACACAGGAGACUUCAGACGCUGGAAUCUGGAGCAACACACAAUCUGCUGGAGGAACUCAGCGGGUUGGGCAGCACCUGUGGGAGGAAAGGAAUUGUGGACGUUUUGGGUCGAAACCCUGCACCUACAGAUCUGUGCUGAUUAGCUGUGCAGGUAAUUUGUGGAGUGUUUACACAAGCUGCAAGUGCAAAGUUCACCCUGCUCCUGGUCAGUAUUCCCGGUUCCUCGACCCUGACAGGCUGCUGGUUUGAAGGUUACUCACACGGAGCACCAUGCCGGAGCUGACCGCAGACAUCUCCAGGAGCUUGAACAAGACCACGCCGGGCAUUCAAAUAUGGCGAAUCGAGAAUAUGAUGAUGGUUCCUGUUCCUCCGAGAUCCUAUGGCGAUUUCUACGAAGGGGAUUGUUACAUCCUGUUUGCAACUCACAGGAUGGGAAGUUCCUUCACCUAUGAUAUUCACUUCUGGAUUGGAAAGAAUUCGACCACCGACGAGCAGGGAGCAGCCGCCAUCUACACCACACAGAUGGACAAUUACCUCGGAGGGAUAGCUGUACAACACCGAGAGGUGCAGAGAUAUGAGUCCCAGAUGUUCAAGGGUUAUUUCAAGAAGGGUUUUAUCUACAAGCGGGGAGGUGUUGCCACUGGACUGAAGCACGUGGAGACCAACACUUACAAUGUACAGAGGCUGCUUCAUGUCAAAGGGAGGAAGAAUGUGUAUGCUACUGAGGUUGAUAUGAGUUGGAGGAGCUUCAACCAAGGAGAUGUCUUCUUGCUGGACCUGGGGAAGCUCAUCGUGCAGUGGAACGCCCCGCUGAGUAAUCACAUGGAGCGCCUGAAGGCGAUGCAACUGGCCAAAGACAUCCGGGACCGUGAUCGGGCCGGUCGGGGACAGAUCGCAGUGAUCGACGGACAGGACAAGGAUGCCUCUGCGGAGCUGAUGAAGCUCAUGACGUUCCUUCUCGGUGCGAAGGAAAAGAUUAAGGCAGCAACCCCAGAUGAAGUGGUAGAUCAACAGCUAAAACGGGCUGUCAAACUUUUCCGUGUGACCGACUCGGAGGGAAACCUGGUGGUCCAGGAAGUGGCUGUUCGACCUCUGACCCAGGACUUGCUCAGUAGUGACGAGUGCUACAUUGUGGACCAGGGUGGAGUUAAAAUCUUUGUGUGGAAGGGGAAAAAAUCUUCCCAGCUCGAACGCGAGUUAGCACUAACCAGAGCGAUGGGCUUCAUCAAGGCCAAGGGUUACGCUGAACAUGUGAACAUUGAGGCAGAGAAUGAGGGUGCAGAGUCUGCACUGUUCAAGCAGCUCUUUCAGAAGUGGACGGUGAAGUAUCAGACGGUUGGUCUGGGCAGAACCCACAGCGCUGGUAAAAUUGCCAAGGUUGAGCAGCUGAAGUUUGACGCCACAGAGAUGCAUGCCAAACCUGAGAUAGCAGCUCACGAGAGGAUGGUGGACGAUGGCUCCGGGGAAGUCGAGGAGUGGCGGAUUGAGGACCAUGAGCUGGUCCCAGUGGAGAAGAGGUGGCAGGGUCUCUUCUACAGCAAGGAGUGUUACCUGAUCCUUUACACGUACACCAUCCACAACAAGUGCCGCUAUAUCCUCUACAUCUGGCAGGGUAAACAUGCGAGUCAAGGAGAUAUCGCUGCCUCUGCCUUUCAGGCUGUCAAUAUUGACCAGCAGUACAACGGUGAGGCCGUGCAGGUCCGAGUGACCAUGGGCAAAGAACCAAAACACCUGAUGGCCAUCUUCAAGGGGAAACUGGUAGUCUUUGAGGGGAACAGUUCAAGGACUGAGAACUAUGAGACAGAGGACGGUGCGAGUCUCUUCCAGGUUUGUGGCAAGAAUGUCUACAAUACCAAAGCAUUUGAGGUCCCAGUACGUUCCUCCUCUCUCAACUCCAAUGAUGUUUUCCUGCUCAAGACCAGUCAACAGUGUUACUUGUGGUAUGGGAAGGGAUGCAGCGGGGACGAGAGAGAAUUAGCCAAGAAUGUGGCUAACGCCAUCUCCAAGAGGGAGAAGCAGACUGUGUACGAGGGUCACGAGCCUGCUGAAUUUUGGGUAUUUCUCGGAGGAAAAGGACCAUACGCCAACAGUAAGAGGCUACAGGAGGAGUACCAAACUGUCAGUCCGCGCCUCUUUGAGUGCUCCAACCAGACUGGGCGCUUUGUAGCCACGGAGAUCACUGACUUCACCCAGGAUGACCUCGAUGAUGAUGAUGUCAUGCUUCUGGACACCUGGGAGCAGAUUUUCCUGUGGAUUGGUAAAGGCGCCAAUGAAACUGAGAAGAAGAAUGCAAUUGAACUUGCACAGGAAUACCUCAGCACCCACCCAAGUAAUCGAGACCUUGGAACCCCCAUACUCAUUAUCAAACAGGGCUUUGAGCCCCCAACUUUCACUGGUUGGUUCAUGGGUUGGGACCAACAUCUUUGGAGUGAUGGAAGAUAUGAGGAGCUGAACACUGGGCUGGAUGAUCCAUAUAUUGUCGAAGAACUGAUGAAUGACGUGAAAGAAAUGAAAAUAUCUGGCAGCUACAGUAGCACGUCAGUGGCUAAUGAAUCCAGGAAAACAUAUGCACCAGAGCAACUGAUUAACAAGGUGGCUGAGGACCUGCCUCCAGGAGUAGACCCCACAAGGAAGGAGGAGUACCUGUCCAAUAAAGACUUUGAGAGCAUUUUCAGUACAACACGGAUGAAGUUCAAUGCAAUGCCAGAGUGGAAACAGAGGAACCUGAAGAAAGAAAAGGGAUUGUUUUAGGUGCACAACCUAUUCGGUGGCUCUGCCAGGAAUUGAUGCAGCUUUUAUAUUAUAUAAACAAUGUGAUUCUUUUUUUAUUACUAGUUUGAGGUGUUGAUUGAGUUAUCAGCCUUUGUAAAGAACAAAACACUCCUGCCAAACCCAUUGGUGCCAGUUAAUACUUGUGUAAGUUGCUGUGAGAGAAUCUAGGUUUAAGCGGAAAUCUCUGCAACAGUGAAGUUACUAACUAUUCACCCUUUUUGAGAUCCAGGUUGAUAAAAAGCUGUAGUUCCCAACUCCAGUUCAUUGGAGCCACUACUGUGGCUCUCUAGUGGCACCCUUUGGCAGAACUGAAACUUGGACACCAAGUUAAACCUGCUAACACAUAAACCCGUCCCAAGGCAUUUACUGUAGGAAAAGACUUGGGCAUAUUUUCCAAGUCUGGAUACUUAAUUAUCAAUUGAUUGAAGAUGGUUUAAAAAAAUGGCUGUAGGCUCCUCAAAGUUUAACACAUGCUGCCCAUUUUAAAUGCACUCUGACCUGUAAAAUGUAUGAAAAUUGGGUCUUACUUAACCCGCUGAAUGUACAAUCAGUGGGAGUUGUCUAUCUUUAAGAGGCAGUUUCAGAAAAGAGCUUUAAAACUGCAUCUGCUGUAUCUCUAAAUAUGUCAAGAUCUCAUUUUCCCCUCAAAGCUGUUUUAGAAACUUGGAAAUAAUGCAUACCAGUUAACUAAUAGACCCAUCUAUCUUUUUGAUAAAACUAUUAGCAGGACAUCAUAGAAUCACAACACUUUCAUUGUUAGGUGGUUUUCAAUUGUCCUAGUGUAGAUCAUCUUAACAACUGCUCAAGGAUGUGACGAAUGCCAGUGCUUCUGGUUCCUCUUUGAUACCUAAUUAGUGUUAGAAGUGCAGAUCAACAUCUCAUUGGUGAGAGUUAAAGUAGUUCUAAUCGUAAAAUAAUCUGUGAAUAAUUUUCUGCAUCAUUUCAGCCUUUCUGUGGAGCAUCUGCUAAUCCAUUUAAUGUGUAAGAAGAGGUGUUGAUUGUGAAAGCUUUCCAUGCCAUGAGAUGUACUAAG